AUGGAAGAUUCCAAAAGCGGUGUAGGAUCAUUUAUUUAUUUUGGAAUUGAAGGACAACUCCAAAACUUUAUCAACAAAAAUUUACAUGAAGAUGCAGUAAUUGAAUUGCAAGUUCAUGCCGACACCAUGCGUGUACCUAAAUCUGGCACUGAUAAUUUUUGGGUUCUCGCAGGAAAAGUUCAUCAUGAUCCCGAUAUUUAUAACCCUUUUCAAAUUGCAAUAUUUCAAGGUCAGAAUAAACCAAAGUCUCCGCAGUUGUUUUUAGAUCGUUUCAUUAACGAGUUCAAUGAACUGCAGAGUAAUGGUAUUCCAAUUUCAGGAAAACGUUUUGACAUCCAGUUGAAGUCCAUUAUUACUGAUACUCCUGCUCGAGCUUAUUUAAAAAAUACUUUGGGUCAUGGUGGAAUUUAUGCUUGCGAAAGAUGCACUGUGAAAGGAGAAAAAGUUGAUAAUACGACUGUUUAUCCCGUUACUGAUGAUCCAGAGAGGACUGAUAUUUCAUUUCGCAAACUUUGA